AUGGUGCGGCCUAGAGUUUACAAUCCGGAUCCUGGGUGCAGGGGCAGAUUUCCUGAGCUUGCGGAAUCUCUGCGAGAUGAUCUUUGUCUCCUGUGCUGCCCUGGACGUGCUGCUUUUCACAGAGCCCGGCUGGCUUUGGCGCUUCUCCGGACUUCGAAGCUGGCGAAUGCUCCGAGUUUACGAGUUCGCGCGUACAUCGACGAAGCUGAAGGAGCUCUCCUUGGUCUUGGACAGCAUGAUUCGAUCUUCGAAGGCCCUUCUGUAUCUGGCCUGUGUCAUGGGCGGCGUCUAUUGGUCCGCUGGGGCGUGGGCGCGGGGUAUUCUCCAGGCCAACGGGACCUUG